AUGUGGUCUGGUAACGAUAGCGGACAAGCUACCGUCAUUAGACGCAGACGUCGCAGAGGCCGUAGAGGCCGCAACACCGCGAUGGCAGUCGAGAACAACGCAAUGAAAGUCGACGACACCGCCAUGGAUAUUGACGAUACCAUCAUGGACAUCGAUGUCGACAAUACCACCAUGGACGUCGACAACAUCACCACGGGCGUCAACCACAUCAACAUGGCGAGCACCAACAACCCCGCCAUCACCGACGCUCAGCGCCGCUGCAGUCUCCUCAGCCUGCCCUACGAGAUCCGCUACAAAAUCUACAUCCAAGUUGUCAAGGGCUCCGAAGUCACCUGCGACAGCAUCGUCCUCGUCCGCGAUAACCGCCGCCUUCGCAGUGUCCCGUCCCUGGCCUGGACAGCCACCACAGAGCACAGCGCCUUCCUCCUGACCUGCCGCCAGAUCUACGACGAAGCCCGCUCCUUCUACUGGGCCCACUCCCUCGUCGACUCGGGCGCGCAGCGCUUCUCGACCAUGGCAGACCUGUUGAGCCCCUUUGCUUGUCAGAAUGCCGAGCACAUCCAGGGCGUCGUCGGCACCGUCAGAGAUUGUGCGCAGCCUGCUGGGUUCCUGCAGUCCUUCCCGCGCGCCAAAACGGUUCGGCUUUCUGACAGCUUUGUCACGCACUUUUCGUACGAGACUUUCGUCGCUGUCUGCAAGGAUGAGGAGUCUGUUGUUGCGCAUAUCCAGGAUAGAAUGGAGGUCAAGGGUCUGGAUAAGUUGAUCGCCGAUGUUCAGUUUGGCAAUGGCGUGCAGUUCUUGGUUGCUGCUGUCUUGAUUGGACACCCUGUCAAGAGUGACGGUACUGUGGUUAAGGAUGAGAAGCACAAGCACAAGCAUUGCUUCUACAACAUGACCACUGGCAAGCUCUUGGUCGUCGACGUCGAGAUCAACCGCGGCUCCCUUCGCAAGUUUUCCGAGGACAACAUCGACCUUUACAACUUCGAGCAUAUCUUGGAGGGUCGCUACCUUCGCGGUCUGAUGUGA